GGACUGAGAGUGGUGUCCAGGACUCGGCGUGCCCGGCACAGGACUGACGACCACAGUACUCAGAAGACCAUAUGGGAUGCUGUGGAUAGAACCUGGGUCAGCCUCGUGCAACGGGCCCCACUGCAGAAAUCUUGGGCGAGAUGGAUUUAUUGCAGGGAGGCAAUAAGACAUUUUGAAAAGCAGCUGGAGUGAAGUCCAUCUGUAUUAACUGGCAUCCUGGAUGAGGACUUCAGGCUCUCUGGAAGGUAUGAUGUAGACACUCAGGAGAUCCAGGACAGUGGAAUUUAGCCAGUGGAUUAUAAAAGCAUGUUCUGGAAGUUAAUAAUGAGAUCCCAGCCCUACAGGCUAUGUUCUGUCAGAAAGAUGUUAUCACCUCCAACUUACAGACCUUUAUUAGACUGCCUCCCCUAUACAACUGAUAGACAGUCAGACAAAGAAAACAAAAGAACGGUGGAAAAACUCUACAAAUUUUCCGUUGACAUUAGGAAAAUCCGCAGACUGAAAGGAUGGGUACUUUGGGAGGAUGAAACCUAUGUUGAUGAAAUAGCAGAUAUUUUAAAACAACUGGGUGCUGAUGAGACUGCUGUGGCCAGUAUUUUGGAACGCUGCCCAGAAGCAAUCGUCUGUAGCCCAACGGCUGUCCGCACCCAGAAAGAACUCUGGCAGUUGGUCUGUAAAAACAAAGAAGAGUUAAUCAAGUUAAUAGAACAGUUUCCAGAAUCUUUUUUUACUGUUAAAGACCCAGAAAGACGAAAGCUAAACAUUGAGUUCUUUCAAAACCUGGGACUCAAAAAUGUGGUCAUUAGCAGAUUUUUGACAACUGCACCUAACAUUUUUCAUAAUCCUGUUGAGAAGAAUAAGGAUAUUAUAAAGAUUCUCCAAGAAAGUUACCUAAAUUUAGGUGGCUCUGAGGCUAAUAUGAAAGUUUGGCUACUAAAAUUAUUAAGCCAAAACCCUUUUAUUUUCUUAAAUUCAUCUCCAGCUAUAAGAGAGACCCUUGACUUUCUCCGGGAACAAGGUUUCACCAACCUGGAAAUUCUCCAACUUCUAUCUAAACUCAAAGGAUUUCUUUUUCAACUUUGCCCAAGAAGUAUAGAAAGCAGUAUUUCCUUCUCUAAAAAUGCUUUUAAUUGCACAGAUCAUGACCUGAAGGAAUUAAUUUUAAAGUGUCCUGCUCUUUUAUAUUAUUCUGUUGAAGUUUUGGAAGAGAGAAUUCAGGGAUUAUUGAAAGAGGGAGUUUCUAUAGCUCAGCUAAGAGAGAUGCCAAUGGUUCUUGAAUUAACACCACAGAUAGUACAAUAUAGGAUAAGAAAAUUGAAUUCAUUAGGUUACAAAAUAAAGGAUGGACAUCUAGCAAAUUUAAAUGGAACAAAAAAAGAGUUUGAGGCUAACUUUGGUAAAAUUCAAGCUAAAAAAGGAAGACCAAUGUUUAACCCUGUGGCACCAUUAAAUGUUGAAGAGUGACUACUUGCUGAUUGAGCUUAUUGCUUUCCGGCAGAGCAGAGAAAAACUCACUAGUGAAGACUGCGGUGGAUUUGGUAGUUUUGGGGACCAGUCAAAACUUGGUUUGGGGGCAGUGUUUAAGUUAUUUGUAAAUAGAUAAUGUAUGACUAAUUAUGUUUUAAAAUACAAAUUGGUGUUUAUUGUAAAGUUGGUAAGUUUGACCUUGAAUUAUUUUUUUCUGAACUAUUAAAUGGCACAUUUAAUAUUUAUGUGAA